GUUAUCGAAAGAGAGCUGCAACUACACAAAAGCGUAACUCUCGGAUCUCGUAAAUUUAUAAGAAAUUAAAUUAUUCAACCCGCCCGCGGUCGGCAGCAAUCGAAUCAAAUUAGCCCGGGGUGUGCGACAAACACUUGUGGGUCACUGCAAGUUAAUAGAUAUCGAGAUAGCCAAAGAAUUGGCCAGAGUCAGCGCGAAAAAGCUUCCACUCCCGCGCGCGGUGUGUGUAGUAAAAGUAAAUCGUAAAUCGUGAAACGCUGUGGUUGUGGUCGAGUGCGUGUGGUGGUGCUACUAUUCUGCAUAUAUUUUAGGGUGGUGCGCGGUCAUCGGCGGUGCAGUGCAUCCACGUUCAUAUGUGGCGGCAUUUUGAUGACGAAAUUAUUUUUGGAUAAGUGUUUGAUGAGCGUGGCCAAAUCGGAGGAGUCAUCAUCAUCAACGGCGGCGGCAGCAGAAUGGAGAGCGAACGGUUGCGAAUCACGCUGGACAGCGCGGAUCGCGUUUACUUUGCGGGCGACAUAAUUCGGGGAGAGAUCUGGAUGAAUGUAAACAAGCGCACCAAAAUACGCGCGAUCAAGGUGCAGGUCACCGGCAAGGGGAAGUGCAAGUGGAUGGAGAUCCUGCGAAAGAACUCGAACAACAACGAGUAUUCCCGCAGCCUUUUCUACACGAGCAAGGAGGUGUACGAGCACAGCGAGACUCCCCUGCCUGAUUUCGAGCCCCGUGGUCUGGAACUUUCGCCCGGGGAGCACACGUUCGUCUUCGAGGUGGCGCUGGGUCGCCAACUCCCCUCGAGCUUUAAGGGCAGCUAUGGUGGCAUCAAGUACAAGAUGCGAGUGCUUAUCCAGCGGCCGUGGACCUUCGAUGAGCGGCACACGAUUCCUUUUACCGUGGUGAAGAACAUGCCGCUGCAGCCUUCGCAACGCAGUAUUCCCAGUUCGCUGGAGAAGCAGGUGACCAAGACGAUCAGCUUGUUUGGCACACGACCCAUCACCUUGCUGGCUCUUUUGCCGGAGGACUUUGCGGUGCGGGGAGAGCCACUGAGGAUUUGCGCCACUGUGAUCAACAACAGCACCACCGCCGUGGAGAAGCUGCGCUUCAGUGUCCUCCAGUACGUCACCUACUACAGCCAUGUGCCGCUGCGGGUGCAGAAGGUGGAGUGCAUCGCGGUCGCCACCAAGGAGACGGGUUCGGUGCAAAAGAAGACCGAGCGCAGCUUUGCCCAUGAGCUGCUCUUGCCCGAAGGAGCUCAGCCAACGGAUGAGCAGAUGAGCGGCGUCAUUACCAUUGUUUACGAACUGCGCGUGGAGGCGGUGUUGCGGGGAUUCUUCAAGAACCUGAUCCUAAAUCUUCCCUUCAAGGUGUACUCGCAGGAUACGUCGAAUAGGCUGAGUUCGAUCCGUCCGCCGCCUCCACCACGACCAAACGACGGUCCACCUGGUCCGGAUGCUAGCUCCGGCAAUCCCUUCGAACCAGCAUUGCCGGUCUAUCCAUCGCUAGACUCCUCCAUCGGCUCGCCCUCGCACUCCUCGCAGUUCAGCGAAUGCAGCUCCAUCAACUCGAUAACCUCGGACUCCUCGGCGGCCACUUUGAGUCCCGCCGUGGGCGGAGGAACCGGUGGCAUGGAGCUAUCCUACACCUCUGGUUCGCAGUCCUCGCAGUAUGGAAGUCCCUCGGCCAGGGCCAGCCUGCGCAGCUCCAAUGUGCCCUACAUGCCCUACUCGUCCAGUCCGCUGAUGGUGCAGUCGUAUCCGCCAGCCCACGUGCCCACUUAUCCGCUGCCGGAGUCGCCGCAGUACUCGCUCCUUGCCCUGACACCACCGCCAACUGGAGCCGCUCCUCCGACAGCGAAUGGAGCAGUAGGCGGAGGAGGAGGAGCACCGGGCUACAGCCAACUGCCAUCCACCUCGGCCUCAGCCUCGUUUCUUCAGCCGCGCCAGGCUCCUGGAGCCCAUGAGUUGCCACCUUCCUAUGAAGAACUCUUCGGCUUGGCCAACGCCCCUCCUGGAACUCCAAAGUAAGGAGUGAUCGACAGUCCUGAGCAGCCACCCAGUUACGUCCAAGCUUUGCCUAGACAUAGAGCUUCAGGUUUACUUUAUAGUGUUAUAGAGUAUCAAAAUAUCGAAUAUAUCUUAGAACUGCUACGCUUCGAGCACAAACCAUAUGCAAUUUGUGCACAAAUCAAGAGCACUGUGUAACUACUAUGAAUUCAUUUGAUUCGGCUAUAAUCUCCCAUUCAAAAGUUAUGUUCUGAUGUAAAUUAUAAUUUACACCUUCGUUUGCACUGAUUAUAAGUUGUUUUUGGAUAAGGCAAAGAGUUUAUUAAACUUGUCAAAGAAAGAUAUCGAAAAAAUAUUUUCUUUUAACUGUGCUUUUUUCUUUUCAUGUUUCAUUUGUGCAUACUUGAGUGAUUUAUAUACAAAUAUUUCGGUUUGCCAACUGACAAAUAUUUAGUAAAAUAUGUUCAAUAACAUUUCACAAGCAGAGGUUUAGUAAAAAUCCACUGUGUGUUUCAUAACUAUAAUCAUAUUUAUGUACUUGACAAUAAAAUGGUCAACUUAUUUGCCUUGUCCACUUAAAUUAGAUUUUGAGCUUAAAACAACAUAAUUGUAUUCUUAGCCAGAAAAUAUAAAGGUCUAUAAAAUAGUUUGCUUGUUGAAGCGAAGUAGGUAAAAUCACAAGCGAAAUCUAUUUGGAAUUUAGGCAAAAUGCAAUUUAACUAUGUAUACAUAUAUCCGAACAAAUUCGAAAUUAGUUGAAAAUUAAUAUAUAAAAUUGCAUAAAAAAUUAUUUAGGUAAAAGCGAAUUUUUUUCUAAAUAAUUUAUAUUCUAAAUCACAAGAAUUUAAUGAAAACUUGGAAAAGUCUGUCUUCGGUUAAACUUGAUUAUCAAAUGUAUUUUCUACAGACUUCCAAACUAAGCGCAUUUCUAAGAAUCGAAUCUUGCGAAUUACUCUAAAGACUCAUGAGUAUUUAUCUCAGCACACAAUAACUCGAAACAUAUUUCCUGCCCCGCCUAUUUAUCUGACAUCUCUUAUUUAUAUACGUCCAUGUCUCCAAAGAUUCUGAUGAAAAUGGUUUACUGAUCUAGUGUCUCAAUGAAAUUCUAUACCAAAACAGGUCUAACAUUACUAUUUAUUUCUCUCACUGCAUUAUAUGUUUAGCAUUUAAGUACUUAAGCACAAAUCGAAUAUGUUGAAGGAUAGUUUGGUUCUAUGAUGACAGAAGAAUCAUUGAAUCAAUAAGCUUUAGUGCCUCUGUAUGAUGAAGAAAUCGAAUGGUUAUCGUUGAUGAAAACAAAUAUAUCGAUAAACAAUUUUUAUA